AUGGGUAUGUGUCAAUUCUGCUUGUGGCUGGUGUACUCGGGUCAUGAAAACGAUAAAGGUGUUCUCGUCGAUCUUUACAUCCCCCGACACUGUUCCGCCACUGGCCGACUCAUCACCGCCAACGACCACGCCUCUAUCCAAAUCCAAGUUGCCGACGUUGAUGCCGAUGGAAAGGCCAUCAAGGGACAAGGUCAAACCAUCGCUAUCUGCGGUAGAAUCAGGGCUCAAGGUGAUUCGGAUGAUUCCAUCAACAGAAUCGCUACCAAGCAAGGUCUCCUCAAGAACGUCUGGUCUUACACUCGUUAA